GAUGGUAGGCAGUUGCUCGUCACGCAGUUGCGCGUAUCGCACGAUUACAGUCAGUGGAGGCCAAAAAAUCAAAUCGCAAUAGCCGCGAGUUGAUAAAAUUGACCGAUCGAUAGAGUUAGCAUUAGAGAAAUUAGUUAAAGGGCCCAAGGAUCAGAUCGCACAGCUGGUCUCACUGGAGAAUCGAAUUCAUCACAAAUACACAUACGGUUAAACAUCGUAAAUAGCCGAGAAAAGGCCUAUACGGCAAUCGAAGAUAAGGCUCGUUGUGAAUUAUUCGCAUUAUAUACGUGUGUCGUCGUUGUCGCCAGCUCGAGAGAGAGACGAUCAUCUUGGCCUAUCGAGCAGCUUAUCAAUUAAAAAAGCAUCUUUCUCGCUUUCUCUGUGUAGUCGGCCGUUGGUGGGACGUGGUCGCGACUCAUAAUACAUACUCACUUCCAACUGCUCUCCGUCGUACGUUUUUCAGUUUCAACUAGACUUCCGAAUCCAACAAGAUGAGAGUAGCUGUCAUUGGAGCCGGAUCGGCCGGUUUGGCGGCGCUGCACCAGUGCGACCUGGCCAACACGGCCGAGCAUCCCGUCGAGGUCGUCGGCUACGAAAAAACCGACAAAGUCGGCGGCACCUGGGUCUACGUGCCCGAGACCGGCAAGGACUCCUACGGCCUGCCGAUACACUCGAGCAUGUACGACAGCCUGAGGACCAAUCUGCCAAAGGAAGUGAUGGGCUAUCCUGAUUUCCCGAUUCCCGAAAACGACAAAAGCUACCUGCACCGUACCGAGAUUUUGGAAUUCUUGAACAACUACUGCGACCACUUCAAACUGCGAGAAAAGAUCAGGUUCCUGCACAACGUCGAGCUGGUCGAGCCCCUGGAGAACAACAAGUGGCGCCUGAAUCUGCGCAAUUUGCAGACGAACGAGACCAGCUCCGAAGAAUUCGACGCGGUGAUGAUCUGCAACGGGCACUACUUUGCCCCCUCGCUGGCCAAUCUAGCCGGCAAGGACGUGUUCAAAGGCCAGCAAUUGCACAGCCACGAUUAUCGCAAGCCCGAGCCGUUCGCCGACAAGCGAGUCGUCGUGAUCGGCGCCGGUCCUUCUGGCAUGGACUUGGCCCUGGAAAUCUCGAAGAAGGCUAAGCGCGUCAUUCUCAGUCAUCACUUGAAGGAGACGAUCUUGACCAAGUUCCCCGACAAUGUCGUGCAAAAAGUGGAUGUGGCCGAGUUGAAGGAAAACUCAGCCGUGUUCAAGGACGGAAGCGAGGAGGAUAUCGACAUCGUGUUCUACUGCACCGGCUACAAGUACAGCUUCCCGUUCCUGUCGCCCAAGGCCGGGGUGAGCGUCGACUCGAACAUGGUCCAGCCGCUGUACAAGCACGUGAUCGCCGUGGAGAAGCCGAGCCUCGCCUUCAUCGGCCUGCCCUUCUACGUGUGCGCCUUCAGCAUGUUCGACCUGCAGGCGCGCUUCGUCCUCAAGUUCUGGACCAAGGAGUGCGAGCUGCCGAGUCGCCAGGCCAUGCUCCAGGAGCUCGAGGCCGAGAAGAGGGAGCGCUUCGAGGCCAAGGGCUUCCAGAAGCGUCAGUUCCACAUGAUGGGCCCGCUCCAGGGCGACUACUACAACGAGCUGGCUCUGGCGGCGAAGCUCGAGCCACUGCCCCCGGUCCUGACCAAGCUCCACAACGAGAGCAGCAAUCGAUUCCUCGAGGACCUCGUGCACUAUCGCGAGGAUCGUUAUCGCAUCAUCGACGCCGAGAACUACGUUCAGCUGAAUUGAUGGGACGUAACGACGACUCCUUAUCUACCGUGCAAUCGUGUAUACGAGUAUACACCCAUGACCCAAGAGCGCGGAUUUCAUCUAUCCGCGCGUACAUGACAUUUGCAGCUGUUUAUCGGCUUACAAAUUCGACAGUUUUAACGAUUAAUCGAAUGUAUUAAUUAUUUUAUGACAUAAAAAUAUGUAUUAUUAUUUUAAACGAUUCAUGUACAUAACAUUUUAAUCGAAACGAGCUCCAAUGGCUUUUAUUUAUAUACUCUGCAGUACGCUUAUAGAUUGAAAUUAAAAAAAAACUUGCAA